CACGACCGACAAACUUUUUUUCAGUCAAAGCUAGUUUGCUAUUUUUUCCCCAGAAACAUGACUAAAGAUAGUGACUACAGCAAAUACGAUUUGACACGACUCCGGGCAGAGUUCGAACAAGAAAAGGAGAUGAAAGAAAUGCUUGAAGAGUCAGUGUCUGACCUGCGUAGUACCAUGUGUGAGCUACAAGAAAGACUGAACAGUGUUGAUGGGGAAGGUAAUGAGUGGAAGACGAGGUAUGAAACACAGGUAGAGCUAAAUGGACAGCUGAAAAGGCAGAUCUCACUCAUUCAUGAGAGACUGGAUGCUAUACGAGGAAACCCUGCGGAUCGACUGGCCUCUAUCCGAUCUUACGAUGACAUGACAGUAGAGACACUGAGGCAACGUCUGAAGCUCCUGACUGAUGAGAAGUCUGACCUCCAGAGUCAGCUGAUGAACUGUCACCUCCAAACCAAGCAGGAGGGAAAGGCUUUUCUGAAAACCAAUGACGAGCGGCGGGCUUACCUUUCAGAAAUAGCAAAGCUGUCAGCAACCCAUGAAGCCCAAAGAAGACAGUACUCCACUCAGCCACAGGGGGCAGCAGAGAGCAAACACGUUAGAGGGAAGCAGACCAGCAGAAAGGCCAAGGCUAAUUCCCAGAAAAAAAAAGAAGUUGAAGAUGGAGGAGGAGCACGUGUGAAAGGAGGAGGAGGAGGUGGUGGAGCAGCAACAGAUAGAAUAGAGAAGAAAUGCCAGAGGGAAAACAGGUUACCCAUCCUAAAGCCAUAACUGACACACAAUACGUAACCCAAACCUGGUGUUACUGCCCAUAUUUUAAAAAGAUGGAAUGACAUUUUCCAUGUCCAUCAGAUUCUUACGCAUUUUCUCAAUCACUGAUAACAUUGUAUUGAAAAUUAUCCAGCUUCUGUGUAGUUUCACAAAUAGUGUUUUUUUUUACACUUGAUGUCAAGUAUUACUGUAAUUUAAUACUAUAAAAUCCUGCAUUUAUACAGCAUUCUAAGUGUUUUUUAGAACGGUUGAGUAGCUGGUGAGAAGUGUUUAAAAGUGGGCGAUUUUACGAGCUCUGUGCGUAAUGAGGUCAUCUACUAAUGUGCCAAAAGCCUGCUGAGUCUGACAUUUCUCACGUCCCUUUAAUUUAUUUUGAAAGCGCCUCCUACGUCUAGCAUUACGUAAUCAACACCACGUCCGUUACUCUCACUGUGUGUAGUUCAUCCACAGAACAUGCAGUCACCCCCAUCCCACCUACUGACCGCCUUCCUACUGACCAGCUUCCUACUGACGUGGGUGUAGGAAGGCUGUAUUCAUAUGAGGUGAACAUGAAAACUGCCAGAAGCGCUGUAAUGUUUGUGGAAAACUGAAACAGCACCUAAGAUACUGUGUUAUAACCCAAACCAGCAUGGAUUAAUCAUUUAAUUCUCUUCUUUUAGCUUCAUCUGUUCACAGUGAUGUCAUCUUAAUUAGCUCAGGGAUCGUAACCAAAAAUCUGGCUUUGAAAAAACAAGGUUAAAGGCAAAGAACAAUUGAAUGAAUGGUGAUUUAUGCAUCACCUUCCUGUGAGUUUAUGGCAAAGCACAGUGUAGCAGUGAUGCGGGAACCGACCUUUCGCUAAAAGGGCAAAGAUCAAGCCCUGCUGUCAACAAUCAUGAGAACUUCCACGCUGUUCUUCAGCGUGACACUCAAUGUUCACCUUCAGCGCGCUGUAAUGGAAAUUUCUUCUUGGUUUGGAAGAGGCUCCUCUGCCAGAGGCUCCCACAUUUUCCACUCAGACAUUUGGAAAGUAAUUCGUUCUACUUGGCCCCAGUUAAUUUUCGUUUCUAGCUUCUCAAAGUGUUUCCAUGCAGCCAUAUUUUCACGUGAUGAAACCUCUCACUUACCAGCUGCUUUGUGUACUUUGCGCAGACAGCGUGAAGUACAGACUCAAGAAGUAUAUAUAUAUAUAUAUAUAUAUAUAUAUAUUAGUGACACAUCUUGUAAAAAAAAGCUUGUGUCUACUUUGGAUGCAAUUUCUCAAAUAUGGUAUGACGGCAGUCAUUAUUUAUUGGCCAAAACGGUUAAUUAGCCAACUACAAAAAACAACUGAUGACUCUAUCAAUCCAAAUCUUAAUACUGUAAUUUUCUACCUUCUGGAGGCUUUUGUUAAUUUGUUGAUAUUGACUUUUAGAUGUGGUUGGCUGACUGCUGCAGUGACAGGUUGUUAGUAUGAGAUUAAUGACUCCAUUUAAAGAUAGCUAGUCUAUAUUGCCAUAUAAAAGAGUCAACACAUUUGCAGCAAGGAUUUCCUCUCGCCUUCUUUCGCCACUCUUUUUCUCUGUUUUUUUUUUUUUUUAUUAGCACAACUCGCUGCACCGAGCCCAUGAAUCACACAAAUGCACAGUAGCCGCCUCGAUGUCUUCCUCUGACAGGUGAAACACAAUGACAAAUCACUACAGUUUCUGUCAAAACACUAUGAAUCACGGUGCUGCUGCUUCUCUCCGGUGCUAAUUCAAAUAGUUUGCUCUUUCUGUAUUCACAUCGUGUUUACACUCCAAACUAUAUCCUGUUUACACAAGUGCUUAUGUAUGUCUAUAAAAGACUUAUUGGUGCAUGUGUGCUGUGCAUGCAUGAAACUGAGAAAGAAUGACCAAGUUUUCUGCAGCCAUUCCAGUGUUUGUGCACCAUACUGUCUUUCGAAAUUGUAUCAAAAUCAUAAAGCAUAAAGAUGAAGUCAUUAAUGACACAAUAGACCAGGUAUUUUUCUCUUAGAAUGUGUCAACAGACUGAGUGUGUGGGUUUUUGAAUGUCUCUCCUGGUACAUGAAAUUACGACAGAUUCCAGACGGGAUUUGCCACUGAGUGAGUCACCAAUCAGACUCUGUGUUCAUUGCUAUUCAUGUCACAGGGAUGCCUUAGCAGAAAAGUGGUAAACUGUGUUUUUACAUGUGCACUUUGAGUAAAAAAAAAAAAAAAAGUGGCAGCUGUGAAGCCCUUGAGAGGAGUUCUUUAACUUACAGCAUAGGAGAGAAAGUAGAUCAUAUAGUAGGUCAUAAAACUGCCCAGACGACAUUAAAUGCUCUCUAAACAAGAAGCUGCAUUUCCAAAUAAAUCACAGUGUGUCUGACACUUUAAUGGCCUUCGUCACACAAGCCAGAAAUCUCAAUCUCUUUCAGUACAAGUCAAUUAAUUCUCAGAAAAUUGCCUAAUCACGUUUGAGGAGUAAAUAUGCGCUCUCUGACAAGCUUGCACUUACCUCACAUUCAAUCUGAGUA